UUGGCUACAGGUGUGUUCGGUUGCUAAGCACCGCGCAGAGAACAGAGAGGAGAAGCUUCAGUGUUUGUUUUUUGCAUCCCGUCAGAUGUUUUAACCGUUUCUCUCUCAGUCUUUAUGAAAUAACAUUACACAUCCGGGUUAAAUGUGUUCGCAACAGUUCCUCUAACGUCAGCUUUCUAUACGAACAGAUCAUCGACCGUAAUUUGGACGUCGUUUUCAUCCGGACAUGGGUCGACACAAGUACCGUGUCAGACGUGACAGCGGAUUACCCAACAAACGAGAUACACCCGUGAAAGCAGCACUGAACAGACGAGAGAAGUACAAGACGCGUUAUGAAGCAUUAUCUGAGGAGAUGACUGUCAGACCAAACAAUCCAGUGUUGACAAGCAUUAAGCCUGUCCACUGCAAAUCUGUGUUACGCUCGAGCAGCCUUCCAUUUACUGAAAACCCCAGAGACAAAGCCGUCUCGCCUGCUGCGCCAGCUACUAAAAAAUCUGGCUACAGAGUGUCACCAGCAGGUCACACAGCCAUUUGCAUGACUCCCGAGCCAGUGGCUUUUAAAGGUGGGGAUAUUCCAGGUAAAGAAGAAGAGCAAAGCUUGGCAGUGACUACGGAAAGCAUCACGUGUUCUAGCAUGGAGUCAGACAACACUUGCAGCUCUGAUGAUGAUGAUGAUGAUGAUGAUGAUGAUGAUGAAGACUGUUAUUCCUCUGCCUCUACAAGUUCCAGCAGUUUUCCUUCCCCAGAGAUAUUCAGAAGAGAGAGCUAUGUGGAAACCUUGACUUUCCCCAUUAAGUUGGAGCCGGGUCUCCAUCUUCACAUAAAAAACUCCACCCUGCUGGAUGAGAGCCACGCAGAGGGCAUCUACAUGUAUCAUCCCCCCAACCUUUCUGACAUCACCGGUAAUAAUAGCUCUACGAUUGUUCCUGAAACGAACUGUGAGAUCAACCAAAACAGAGAACCUGAAGCUGAGACCAAAAUACAUACGGACUCUUUCAAAUCAGAGAAGGAUGUCAAGUGGAAAACCCCAUCAAAACUCACCAACAGAAGGCCCAUUUUGUACAAGAAGAAGGUAUGGUUCAAAAGCCCCAUCAUUGCUGAGACCGUUGAAGCAAAACACAUCCUAGCCACCAAAUUAACUAUUUACAACGCCAAUGAACCGGCCCACACAUCCAGCACGGCUGAGCAGAUUCAGCCUGACGCAGACACAUUCACAGCGGGUGAGAUCAGUUCUAAAGAAGCAUUACAACUGACGGGGGUGUUGCAAAGGCCUGUAAAAAGUAACCCGGAGAAAGUCACGUUCUUUGACUUUAUCGAUGACAGUGAGAGGGAUGCGUUCUUUGAGGAGAUGAGAAUAAGGUGUGUCGAACUGGAAAGUGCUCCUUUAUUUCCUCUCACAGCUCCUAAGUACACUGAACCUUCUGUUCUGUGACAUAUGAAGCCAGAAUAUUGUAUAUUAAGAUUUGGGCUUUCUCCCAUAAUCGAGAUCAAAGAGGUCUGUAUGUGAAUUAUCCUGUUAAAGAGUAGCCUGAGUUCAUGAGGCUGUCUAAAUAUGGACAAUUAAAUUGGGUGUACAGUUUAAUCAGUAAACAGUUAUUAUAAUAAGAAUAAUUCAAAGGGAUGCCACAUCCUGCCAUGUAUGUAAAGACCUGCACAUCUGCGAUCAUAGUGUAAGUGACCUUUCAACUUUUAUUGCUUGUCAACCUGGUUCUUAUUUUUAUUACAUCAUUUACUCUACAGACUGUGGCAGACAUCUGGUUAUGAAAAUGCAUCCAAAUCAGCCUCUGAUAUCUUUGUAUUUUGCAGUUAUCAAACAAGUGUCUGGUGCAAAAUGACCACUAGAUGUCAGACCUGCAUUUUCUUAAAUAGUCAUAUUUUGAGUGAUUGUUUUUCCAUUUUCCAUAUAUGAAAUAUACAUGUUGUUUGUGCUUAUCUGUAUUUAUUAUCUUGGCAUAUGUGCCUAAUCUAAAUGUUUAAUGUAAGCUAAAAGAUCAAAUAUUCGUUCAUUUGACUUUGUGGUUUUCUAUAUUUGUGAGUCAAUGGCUUUGCAAAUUUACACACUUCUGAGCGUCAAAAAUAAAUUAAUGUACAAUAAAUCGCCUUCAUAAAUAAAUAAUUCUUGUUGGAC